CGUGUAGUAUUUCACAUGCAUGACGUCACGACAGUGUACUAAUACUCGGCCUCUGCCUACCCCUCCCAACACACAUCGUCUCCGUUUCCAGUGGUUUCCUCUGACGAAUUGUCAGCCACGGUGAUUAUUUAAAGUCAAGCGACAUCCUAAAGUGAGAACAAGAUGGCCCGUACCAAGCAGACUGCCCGUAAGUCUACUGGAGGAAAGGCGCCAAGGAAGCAGCUCGCUACCAAGGCAGCCAGAAAGAGCGCACCGUCCACAGGGGGAGUGAAGAAGCCUCAUCGUUACAGGCCUGGAACCGUGGCGCUGAGGGAGAUCCGUCGUUACCAGAAGUCCACUGAGCUUCUCAUCCGCAAGCUGCCCUUCCAGCGUCUGGUGAGAGAAAUUGCCCAGGACUUCAAGACUGAUCUGCGCUUCCAGAGUGCUGCCAUCGGAGCUCUGCAGGAGGCCAGUGAGGCUUACCUGGUGGGUCUGUUUGAGGACACCAACUUGUGCGCCAUCCACGCCAAACGUGUCACCAUCAUGCCCAAAGACAUCCAGCUGGCCCGUAGGAUAAGGGGAGAGAGAGCCUAAACAGCCAGCGGCAGCUUUGACGCAACAAAUGAUCCUAUUUAUCGUACUUAACCAUUUUUGUGGACAUUUUUAUUUCUUGGGUUUUUUUUUUUUUUAAAUAAGUUUUCCUUUUUGAAUUUUUUGUAUUGUAUUUUAGAUUGAGAUAAUACACCAACCAUUCCACGAGCCUGAGUACACUUUGGGUAGUUGGAAAUGUUGUGCAGUAGGAAUUCUCUACCUACAUCAUGGGUCAUAACUACAUGUAACAACCAUCACACAACCUCAAAGCUCUGUGUGGGUAUCAGGCUCCUUUUGGGGAUGAUGCUAUCUCUGAAGCAAGGAUUAAUCUUCACAUCUUCCACAGGGGUCCAGGGUUUCUUCACCCAUCUACCAUUUACAACAAAAGCCAGCAUGUCUUGCUCUACAGGUCUCACUGCAGUGUUGGCGUAUCUACUACCACAGUCGAUUCUCUGCACUCUUUGACGAGGAGCAUGGCAGACCCCUCUGUAUUUUUCUGGACUGCUUUUUACAUGUUUUCCAACAUAAACUCUUGGCAGCUACAUUUAAUACUAUUUAUGAAAAUGUUGUCACAUGUCUUUCUAUUAAAGGUCUUUAUGAGUAGAAA